UCAGAUCAGCCAUGGCGACAUUCUAUCUUCUUCUUCUCUGCAUCAUUCCAGCGGUGACAAGCAAUGCAAUAACACAGAAUCUGUGCUCCAAGGGACAAGAAGUCUGGUGCUAUGAUCUUGAAACUGCAGCUGCAUGUGGAAAAGUGUCAUACUGCACUCAGUAUGUGUGGCAAACAUCUGGACAGGAUAUUGUAGAAGAGAAGCUACAUCUCCUCUGUAAACCUUGUAUUAAAAUCACAAAGAAGCUGAAGGAAAAAGUGGCUAACACAACCACAUUGGAAGACAUCAUUCAUGUUGUCAAAACGUUCUGCAAAUUGACAAACUCUGAGAAAUGCCAUGAGGUGGUUGACAAGCAAUUGACAGCUAUUGCAAAAGCACUUAAGGGAGACAUGUCUCCAAAGGAAAUUUGUAUGAAAAUAAAGUUGUGCAAAUCAGAGUUCACCAGUUUUACAGAAGACCUUAGCAACUCUGGUAUGCUGCUAACAAGUGACUGUGAAAUGUGCAGAGGGCUCCUGCAACAGAUUAUGCUAGCUAUUAGUGAGAAUAUGAACAUCAAAGCCAUAUAUGCUGUGCUGCAUGGUGUGUGUCAGAGCAAGCAAAGUUAUUUUCCUGAAUGUGACAGCUUUCUGACUGUAUACAAAUCUAGACUGUUGAGCAUGAUGAAUAAGGCCUGGGACCAAGAGACCUUUUGCCAGGAAAUAGAGGCAUGUGUUCCAGCCCAGCCUGUCCCCUUUCUGCAGGAGAACAUGUGCAAGGAGGGACCACUGUACUGGUGCACCAACAAGGAGACUGCAAGGAAGUGUAAUGCUGUAAUGUACUGUGCAAAGCAAGUCUGGCAGUAUCUCUAGCUGAUCAUGAAGAAAAAGAAGCACAGGAACCUGUGUGCUGCACAUAGAGGCUACAGCUUUUAUAUAAGUGCACAUCUGCAGCUUAUUGGGGCCAGUUUUCUGU